AUGGGCACAAAAUGCGAGGAACUGCAAGAUGAUGAAUUUUUCAGCUACGGAGAAACUACUUCGGAAGCUCCUGGUCCGUCAGAUUGGUAUAAAAAAUGGGAGCAAUGUGAUGGCAGGCGGCAAUCUCCGAUCAACAUCGUCACGACUCGGGUGAGGCGCAGACAUUUCCGAACUUUAAAAAUAGAAUUCGACAGACUGGGAGGCCUGGUCACUGGGGAACUAAAAAACAACGGAAACGCUCCCACUUUUUUCGUAGACGAGGACAAAGGAACAGCGAAACUAAAAGGGAAUCACCUCAAGGGCACUUACAAAUUGGAUCAGUUCCACGUGCACUUCGGGUGUAAAAACAACCGAGGAUCUGAACACACUCUUAAUGGCCACCGUUUUGCUGCCGAGAUUCACUUUGUAUUUGUGAACUCAAAGGGACGAAUUGCAGUAGUAGCCGUAUGGCUCAGGGCUUCCAAAUAUGAAAACACUAUUUUGGGAAGGUUGGCAAAUCAGAUGCACAAGAUUAUCGAUGUUGGAAUGUUGCUGUUGCUGUUAUUGUUAUCGGCCGUUGGAGUAGCAGUGAGCGAACAGUGUGAAGCGGAUCUACAAGAUGGUGAAGAUUUCAGCUACGGAGAUACUACCUCACAAGCUCCUGGUCCAUCAGAUUGGUAUAUAAAAUGGGAACGAUGUGGUGGUAAUCGGCAAUCUCCAAUCAACAUCGACACGACUCGGGUGAGAGAGAGAAAGUACCGAACUCUGAAAAUAGAAUUCGACAACUCCGGAGGCCUGGUCGCUGGGGACCUGGAAAACAAUGGAAACUAUCCCACUUUUUCUGUUGAUAAGAGCAAAGGAACAGCGAGACUUAAAGGAAGUCGGCUUACAGACACGUACGUACUGAAAGGGUUCCACGUGCACUUCGGAUGCGAAAACGAUCGGGGAUCGGAACACACUCGUAAUGGCCGACGUUAUUCUGGCGAGGUUCAUUUUCUCUUUGAAGAUCCAAGUGGACGAUAUGUAGUCGUAGCCUUUUGGCUCAGGCAUUCUACUACGAAAGAAAACGUGAUUCUAGGAAGGUUUGCAAAUCAGCUGGAAAAGAUUAAAGAAGUCGAUCAGUCUACGGAAAUAAAGAAGGCGAUUGGAAUUACUCUGAUGGAUCUUAUACCACACAAAAGUCGGCAACGAAAAACCUUGAUAUUGGCAGACUAUUACUACUACAAAGGCUCCCUAACCACCCCUCCCUGCUGCGAAAAUGUGUCAUGGUUCAUUUUGAAACCAAGAGUUCCUAUUACGGACUAUGAGCUGUCGCAGUUCAGGACGUUGGAGGGCCGUUAUCCCAAGGACCCCCCGGCCAUGUGUGAUAACUACAGACCACUUCAGCCGCGGAAUGGCCGCCGAGUUUAUUCCGUCACUAACUUGAAGUAAUGAAAUGAAAUUGUAAAUUUCAUCAGUUGGCGGACUAACUACACAAUUUA